AUGAUCCGCAUACAUGACAGACAUCCGCUUCAUAGAAUGGAGUCCAUGGGGAUCCGUCUACAACUUGGACAUGCUUCUGGUGUUCAGUGCAUCAACCCACUCCCUGCUCACAACAACGACUUUGUUAUCAUCGACUACAACGGCAUCUACGAAGUAGGGUUAGAUUUUUGUGGAUGUGCACAUGCCGAACUGCACAUAAUUCAACUACUACGUGUUCGCCUCUUUCCUGCCACAACAGUCGAUCCAAAAACAGCUGCAACAUUUCAAGCACUGGAAUACUUUCAGAUGCUGUCUUUUGAGUCCAAAGUCUCCACUUUUGAAUUCUACAAAACAGCUGCUCGUUUGACGGACAAUACUGGAAUUCAUAUACCAAAGGAUUGUUAUGAGGCAUUGUUACGCAUGAUGCGAGAGUGGCGCUUCAUCAAGCAGAUGAAAUGUGCUAGUCAAAGUCAUCACCCUGAUGGUAUUGGUGCAACUAAACCAGGUGCCUGCGCCAUUUUUCCCAGAUUUUUAUAUGCCUUAUUCCUUGCCAUCGACACCAAUUUCCGUCUCGCUCGCCAUAAUGUCUCUUCGGACAUUGUUGAUCCGGGUCUCAAUCGUGGAUAUGUGUUUUUUGUGGAGGAACAUGCAUAUAAAGAUUUCAUUGGUUCAUGCGAGCGAGUCGUCCAGGAGUUGAGUUCAUGCUCCAGUCACAACGCGGUCAACCUUGCAGAUUCGAGAGUCUCACGUGGCCUUGCAGCCACUGGUGCCAGUACUAUCGAUUGCGCAAGACACAAUUUCAAACGGCCCUGCUCAGUCGGUGACCUACAGAAGGGCGAAAGGUACCUUAACAUGGAUUAUUUAUUCUUCUCGAGCAUGCAGUCUUCAUCGGAGAUAUCGACAUUGAACAUCUCAUACGAUAUUGCUUGUCAAUGGAGCAAACAUCUCUGGACACGAAUGUCCGCCUUCCCACACCAGUACCACAUCAAGCACGACCAAAAGUCAAUCACAUUUCUCAUACCGAAAUUCCACCUGCCGGCCCAUGUGGCCAAAUGUCAGUCAAACUUUUCCUUCAAUUUCAUCAAGGGUGUUGGUCGCACGGACGGUGAAGCUCCCGAGCGUGGCUGGGCCGACAUAAACCCCAUUGCGACAAGCACACACAAAAUGGGUCCCGGUUCGAGGCGCGACACCUUAGAUGACCACUUCAAUGACUGGAACUGGAAGAAGAUCUGUGCAAUGGCUGCAGAUGAGUUAGUUGAAUGGAGGAGGGACAUCGAAGCAUGGGAGGCAGACCCAAUGACUCAGGCUGCCGUGCGCCUAGCCUUAUCGAUGGCUGAGGCUGCAGAGAUUGAGCGUGGCAACAACAUGUCCCUACACGAUGAUAUAUCACCCUCUGUGUUAAUUUCGUCGGGAUUAGAACUCGAAGAUCAGCAGUUGAGUGCAAUUGGACACCACACUACAGAUGUCCAGAAGGGCAAGAUCUUACAGCGCAUGAAUGCUCUUCGCCAAUGCAUUGACACCUGGGCCCGGGUGCAGGUGUUGUAUAUGCCUAGUGUCUCCCGCCUGCAGUCACCAGAUGACAUUGCCACUGAAACGAAGGCCCACAACAUCAGCCUUUUUCUGCCAUCCUCUCUGCCCCAGCGAUAUAAGGACACCUUUAUUCGGGGACAGCGAGCAAAUACCCGAGCAAACGGAAUCAUCAACAAUGCUGAACAUCGCAUUGACACCUUAUCACUUAAGUAUUCUACCACUAGAGAUGCACUCAGGAGCCUCAAGCCACUCGACAAGCAAAGGGAUGCCGUCCCACUCAAACAUGACAAUGGCCGAACGGUGGGACAACAAAGUAUAUCAUGGAUCUGGAGGACUUCGGGCUUUAACAGCAACGAGCUAGGGCUACAGGACUCACAAGCUCAUCGCUGGGAGGAAGAAGUGCAACUACUACGGGAGGAAAUGUGCCACAUCAUUGCAUUUCUUGACUGGCAGGCAGGCUGGUGGGACAUGCAAGGUCCGCGGUGUGCUUUUAACUCACUGCAGGCUGGAGAGGGUGCUCUUGCUUAUGCGCAGCGCCAGGCUAAUCUACGUCAACAGAUGGUCAUACACAUCAAAUCCGUGUGGGCAGCCAACCCUUCAUGGCAAGAAGCUCCCCUUCUUGCAGUCCAUCUUCGUUCCGAGUUGCCAAUGCCAAACUCCCAUUCCCCUGUCCGUUGA